AUGCCAGCAGAGGAAUUCUACGUGAGAUACUACUCCGGUCAUCAGGGACGAUAUGGACACGAGUUCAUCGAGUUUGAAUUCCAUGCCGACGGACGCUGCCGAUAUGCCAAUAACUCUAACUACAGGAACGAUUCUUUGAUCAAGAAGGAGAUGACGGUGAGCCCAUUGAUGAUCAAGGAGUUGAAGAGGAUCAUUGCAGAUUCCGAGGUCAUGAAGGAAGACGACCACAAGUGGCCAAAGAAGAACGUUGUCGGAAAGCAGGAGCUCGAGAUUCGUUUCGGAAACGAGCACGUCUCCUUCGAGGAGGAAAGCGGGCUUUACGUCACUGAAGGACACUUGGAACAGGACAUGACAGUACUGGCAUUCAGUCAAGACUUUGCUAUGCAGUGGAACGGAUUUGCUCUUUGGAGGAGUACAUCUAUCAAAGUUGAUACAGGGUGGCCAUUUCAAAUCCAUACUAGAAUGCCACGCGGCAUUAUUCACUCCAACUCGGCACCAACACCGCCAGACGCAAUAUCGCCUACCGCCAAGAUCGGAUCAUUGGUGGAUGUCCAGGGCAGUGAAGACCCCGAAGGUCUCCGUGUCUUCUACUACCUGGUCCAGGACCUCAAGUGCUUAGUCUUCUCACUCAUCACUCUGCAUUGGAAGAUCAAGCCCAUCUAA